UGUCGUAAAGGAACUCGCCGAACUUAGGCAACGAAUGGAUCUUCUGACGACGAAUGUAAGAAUGGUGUAUGAUUUAUAUAGCAAAGGCUCGCCAAGUGGUCGUCCCGAGAAAAUCGACUAUGGCUUUCCAUUUGACACAAUGGAAGCUUUUGAUGAGCUAGAAACUUCAAUUCAAGAUAAGAAGAUGUUUCAACAAUUGAUCAUGGAGUUAAAAGAGAUCGGUGGCACAAAUUACAAGGAAAACAUUACUAACAUAAUGACUCGUAUGAUGACAUACAAUCUUGGUAGUAAAUUUUGCUGGGAGGGGAUAAGAAAAAUCAACCCCAAACGUGCAUUUAAACACUGCAAGAUUAAAGACGCUAUUUAUGCUGCUGUUAAGGAUAAUCGAAAUUGUGCCGGUGUUACUGACUCGGAUAUCAAAAUUAAGCUGGCUUCAUGGUUUCAGCACGCACCAUAGAAAAAUAAAUCGG